CGCGGGGGCGGGCUAUGAUUGGCUGCGCUGUUGUUCUCGGCUCUCGGCUUUUAUUCUUUCUGAUCAAGAUGGCUGCUGCGGUUGUCCGGGGUGGAGAAUGACCGAAUGCUUUCAUUUUAACACAGGCCAACGAGAAGCUCUGAAACCCGCCCGAACCCGGACCGUUAAACCGAAUCUAGCUCUUAUUUAAAGCAGGGGGCGCAUCAACGGACCGCAGACAUGGACACCACUACGUCCAUCAAGAUGACCACGCUGGCCAUCCAGAACCUGUUCAGCUACGUGGAGGAGGAGAACCUGGCCGCUCUGAAGGCUCAUCUGGACCGCUUCAAGGAGGUGGACGGGCGCAGCGAUAAUGGUCAGACGCCUCUGAUGCUGGCGGCGGAGCAGGGCAGCCUGGAGAUCGUCCAGGAGCUCAUUAGGAGGGGAGCCAACGUCAACCUGGAUGAUGUGGAUUGCUGGUCGGCACUGAUCUCUGCAGCUAAAGAGGGUCACUUGGAGGUGGUAAAGGAGCUGCUGGAGAACAGCGCCUACAUCGAGCACAGAGACAUGGGCGGCUGGACGGCUCUGAUGUGGGCGGCUUAUAAAGGACGUCUGGAGGUACUCAAGCUGUUGCUGGAGCACGGCGCUAACCCCAACACCACGGGACAGUACAGUGUCUAUCCCAUAAUCUGGGCCGCAGGUCGAGGACACUCGGAAAUCGUCAAGCUGCUGCUGCAGAAUGGAGCCAAAGUCAACUGUUCAGAUAAGUAUGGUACCACGUCUUUGAUAUGGGCAGCCAGGAAGGGACACUAUGAUUGUGUGAUGCACCUGCUGGAGAACGGCGCUGACGUGGACCAGGAGGGGGCGAACUCUAUGACGGCUCUGAUCGUGGCCGUGAAGGGCGGAUACUCGGAGGUGGUGAAGGAGCUCCUGAAGAGAAACCCGAAUGUCAACAUGACUGAUAAAGACGGGAACACGGCGCUGAUGAUCGCCGCCAAGGAGGGACACACUGAGAUCGUCCAGGACCUACUGGACGCAGGAACGUACGUCAACAUUCCUGACCGGAGCGGCGACACGGUGCUGAUCGGUGCGGUGAGGGGGGGCCACGUGGAGAUCGUCAGAGCGCUGCUGCACAAAUAUGCCGACAUUGACAUCCGAGGACAGGAGAAUAAAACGGCUCUUUACUGGGCCGUGGAGAAAGGGAACGCCACCAUGGUGAGGGACAUCCUGCAGUGCAACCCCGACACCGAAACCUGCACCAAGGACGGCGAGACGCCGCUGAUCAAAGCAACAAAGAUGAGGAACAUCGAUAUUGUGGAGCUGCUGCUGGAUAAAGGAGCCAAAGUGUCGUCUGUCGAUAAGAAAGGAGACACGCCGCUCCACAUUGCCAUCCGCGGCCGGAGUCGCCGUCUGGCUGAGCUCCUGCUCCGAAACCCUAAAGAUGGCCGCCUGCUGUACCGACCCAACAAGGCUGGAGAAACGCCGUACAACAUCGACUGCAGCCACCAGAAGAGCAUCCUCACACAGAUCUUCGGAGCGCGUCACCUGUCCCCCACAGAGACAGACGGGGACAUGCUAGGCUACGACCUGUACAGCUCGGCCUUGGCCGACAUCCUGAGCGAGCCCACCAUGCAGCCGCCCAUCUGUGUGGGUCUGUACGCUCAGUGGGGGAGUGGCAAGUCCUUCCUGCUCAAGAAGCUGGAGGAUGAGAUGAAGACUUUCGCCGGGCAGCAGAUUGAGCCGUUGUUCCGUUUCUCCUGGGUCAUCGUCUUCCUGUCUCUGCUCUUCUGCGGCUCUGCGGCCGUCGUCCUCGGCUUUAGUGUUGACCCGCUGUUCGCCUUCGCCGUCUCCAUCAGCAUGCUCACCCUCAUCUACCUUUUCUUUGUUCUCGUGUACUUCGGCGGGCACAUGGAGGGUGAUAACUGGGCAUGGGCGCGGCAGCUCAGCACCCGUCUGGCUCGGCAAACCAGAUAUUUGCAGCUGCUGCUGAAGCUGAUGUUCAUCAACCCGCCGGAGCUGCCGGUGCAGAGCACCAAGGCUCUACCUGUCAGGUUCCUGUUCACAGACUACAACCGUCUGUCCAGCGUCGGAGGAGAGACGUCCAUGGCUGAGAUGAUAGCGACUCUCUCAGACGCCUGCGAGAGAGAGUUUGGGUUCCUCGCCACGCGCCUGUUCAGAGUUUUCAGCACCGAGGAGACCAAAGGUAAGAGCGAGUGGAAGAAGAUCUGCUGCGUGCCGUCCUUCUUCCUCUUCGUCUUUGUGCUGGUCUGCCUCAUCAGCGGCAUGGUGCUGCUGGCCAUCUUUAAAGUGGACAGCGAGAACCAGAAGGUGAACGCCGUGCUGAUCGCCAUCGGCAGCGUGGUCGGCCUCGCCUUGCUGCUGAACUGUAAGACGUGGUGGCAGGUCACGGACUCGGUGCUGAACUCGCAGAGGAAGCGGCUCCACGGCGCUGCCAACAGGAUGCACAAACUGAAGAGCGAGGGCUUCAUGAAGGUGCUGAAGCAUGAGGUGGAGCUGAUGGCGAGGAUGGCGAAGACCAUCGACAGCUUCACACAGCAUCAGACAAGGUUGGUGGUCGUCAUCGAUGGUCUGGACUCGUGCGAGCAGGACAAAGUCCUGCAGAUGCUCGACACGGUUCGGGUUUUAUUCUCCAAAGGUCCCUUUAUCUCCAUCUUCGCCAGCGACCCUCACAUCAUCAUCAAAGCCAUCAACCAGAACCUGAACAGUGUCCUUAGAGACUCCAACAUCAACGGACACGACUAUAUGAGGAACAUCGUCCACCUGCCGGUCUUCCUCAACAGCCGUGGACUCUCCACCGCCAAGAAGAUGUGCACCGCCGCUGCGCCUGCCAACGGGGACGCCGCCAACGCUGAAGGCUGGCACGAGGAGCUGGACAGGAAGUUGUCUCAGCACAGCCUGGGAGAGAUCACCAAGUUUGGCAGCAAAACCACGCUGAACCGCCGGGACACGUACCGGCGCCGUCAGGUGCAGCGUUCCGUGACCCGUCAGAUGUCCUUCGACCUGACGAAGCUGAUGGUGACGGAGGACUGGUUCAGCGACAUCAGCCCGCAGUCCAUGAGGAGGCUGCUGAACAUCGUCUCCGUCACAGGUCGUCUGCUACGAGCCAAUCAGAUCAGCUUUAACUGGGACCGCCUGGCGUCCUGGAUCAACCUGACGGAGCAGUGGCCCUACAGGACAUCCUGGCUCAUCCUGUACCUGGAGGAGACGGACGGGGUCUCGGACCAGACCACGCUCAAGUCCAUCUACGACAGAGUGUCCAAAAACAUCCCCACCACCAAAGAUGUGGAGCCGCUGCUGGAGAUCGACGGAGACGUCCGCAGCUUCGAGGUCUUCCUGUCCUCGCGGACUCCUGUCCUGGCAGCCCGAGACAUUCACACCUUCUUGCCGUGCACCGUCAACCUGGACCCAAAGCUCCGUGAGAUCAUCUCAGAUGUUUGUGCCGCUCGAGAGCAGAUGAAUAUGGGUGGAGUCACAUACCCAGCCAUCCCACUGCAGGAGGCCCAGCCCCGCCCUAUCUCCGUCUACAGCCAGGUGUCGUCCACCUGUUCGCCGUCCGCCUCCUUCAGCGGACCCUUCAACCAGCCACCAGGGGGCGUCAUCUCCCCGCAGCCUCACAGCAGCUACUACAGCGGGAUGGCUGGCCCACAGCAUCCCUUCUACAACAGGCCAUAUUUUCCACACCACCUUUACCAGCUGCCACGCCCAGUUACGGCCUCCUUCCCACCACACCUCCAUCAUCUCCGCCCGCUUCCUAAAAGCACCUUCAGCAGAGACAGCGCCGCGCCCUCUAAGAAUUCAUCUUUGAAACGGAAGCAGGGUUCAGCCUCCAUUGUGUCGGGUGCUCCCUCCAUCCUCCUCAGCGCCAUGACGACGGACUCCAUCUGUGAACGCGUGCGUCAGACCGAGGGUUUGGACCCGACCAUGAUUGGACAGUACACCGCCACCAUCAGGAAGGCCAACGUGAACGGCCGGGUUCUGUCUCAGUGUAACAUCGAUGAGCUGAAGAAGGAGAUGAACAUGAACUUUGGAGACUGGCAGCUCUUCAGAGCCAUGGUUCUGGAGAUGCGCCACAUCGAGAGCCAGGUCCUACACGAGGAAACUGCCAGCGAGCAAGGCAGCAUUGUGGGUGGCCCCGUGGAGGUGGGAAGGAGAGCUUUAGCCCCGCCCCACGCUGGCGCCGCCAACACUGAUGGUUCGGCGAUGUACAGCUUCAACCUGAGCUUUGAGGAGCUGAGUGGUGUCGGACUGGAUGAGGCGCCGCGGAACGGAAACGCACCCUGGAUGGGCAUCGCACACCGGACCGCCAGCAUGACCAGUCUGAACUCCCAGGAGUCGUCCAACGACAUCGCCAAGCUGACGGACAAACAGCAGGCGGAAUACCGCAAUGCCUACCAGGAGUACAUUGCUCAGAUGGCCCAGUUGGAACUGGGAAGCAUCACAGAGAAACCCGUCCAACCACAGCCAGGACAGUUCAUGACAUCAUCAUCAUCUGAAGACAAGAGCAAAGACGGCACUGAGCAGGAUGGACGAAAAUCCUUCAACAAGAGAAACGGCGCCAAGCCAUUGGCAGACAACACCGACUUCCCCUCCAACGGCGACGGUCUUGACCCGAUCACAGAGGAGGACGAGAAAGGAGACCACGGCUCGUCCAAGUCCCUGCUGACCCGUAAGCUGUCUGCUGAGAGGGGAGGGCUGUUCCAGGGCGCCGCCGACCUGAAGGUGAAGGCCACCAGCGGACUUCGCUACCAGAAGCUGACCAGUGACGACGAGGAGUCUGAGGAGUCUGAUAACCCAUCCCAGCUGAAAGAUGGCAAGAGGGCGAUCGACCCCAAGCUGCCAGGAGGCUCGCUCGCCCUGAAGGGGAAGGACUACCUGUCGGACGCCAUGCUGGACAAGAAGGACUCCUCCGACUCGGGUGUGCGCUCCAACGAGAGCUCGCCUAACCACUCGCUGCAGGAUGAGGAGGCGGAUCUGUCUCAGCUGGAGAGAGCCAACCUCAUUGAGCUGGACGAGGAGAACGUGGCCAGGAAGCGCGGCCUACCCAGCAGCCUGAGCGGCCUGCAGGACCCGACCGUAACCCGAAUGUCCAUCUGCUCCGAGGACCAGUGCAGCCUGCUGGCCAGCAGCCCCGAAGAGAGCUGGCCAUCUUCCAAGUCCUACAACCUGAACCGCACGCCCAGCAACGUCACCCUGAACAACAACACCAAUGCCCAGCAGGGCACCAGGCCCCGCCCACCAACAGAAAGCUCCACCUCCUCCCACCAGACCUCCACUGGCAACAUCAUCAUGUCCCCAAGCUCCACCGCCAGACCUGGUCCCAACAACGAGAACGUCCGUGUGGUCCACCUGAAGAGGGGCCUGAAGCCUGGAGACCCGCCGGAGAUCUGCACCGUGUCCUCCGACACUGUGACCUUCAGCGAGGAGCGCGAGAGCAUUCUGUGAGGAGGAAGUCCUCGCCAGGAAAUCCAGUUCGGUUUUGAUCUUAUGGAGGCAAAGAGUGGCCGGUGGGCGUGGCCGAGUCCUUCUUGUUAGUCGUCGUAGUCGCAUGCUGUCUGCUGUAGUGAGUAGAUGAACGUGAAGCUUUGUGGUGACGUGGUGGACAACCUGCUGCAUGUCGGUGUGGUUCGCUCUCAUGAAGAAGAAACUAACAUCAGAUCUGAUCUAGCUGAGACGUCCCGUGUGGUGUCGAUGUCAUUAGAUGUUGUGUAAACCUAAAAAUGGCGUUUUGUUGUAGAAGUCGACAGAUGCUGUUUGAUCCAGAGGUCCAUCGAUUCGCCUCUGCAGCGGCAAAGAGACAAAACCUGCGCAGCUUAACUAACUUAGCUAGUUUCUAUCGGAAAAGUAGAAAAAUCUCUGCCCGUGUUAGGGACGUGGUUAGGCCUUCACAGUAAGAGCCCUAGCGCCGUACUUUACUGAUGACUCAGCAGAUUCGAUGCUAGGAGCAUCGUGUCCUCCUCCUGCAAACCAUACGAUAUUUACUGAGCUUAAGUCAGUUGAAUUAUAUACAUGAUGAAUGGAUAUUAGUAAUAAACACUAAAUAGUUACUAACAACACAGCUGCUGCUGCGUCCUUUUAGUUUCUAGAACGACUUUUUGCACAUUUUCAAUAAUCACGUCUCAAUAAAUAUGAAAAGCUCCAGAUUUCAGCCGAUUAAUCUUUCUACCUCUGGCUCCAUCAGCUUAUUGAUCAUCAGUAUUUAUAAUAGAUGUUAAAUCUGUGUUUGAAUCUGUCCAGACAGGAAGUUGUUUUAAUCCCAGUCGGGUUGUAUUCUGACGUGCAGCAGAAUAAAGUUUAUGGCUUUUUAUUUAUUUAUUUAUUUUUCUUUUGUUGUUUGAAAACAAAUUGAGAUGGCCACAGAUAAUAAAUUAAAAAAAUCUGAUUUAUCGAGAAUGAAGUGAAAACUGAAACCAGUCUGAGAUUAUUUUAGAUGUUCAAAUUAAAACAGAAUCCCACAAACAUGAAAACAUUUCAUUUGAAUAAAAUUUCAGCUCUUAUUACAUUAAAGGUUUUCUUCAGAUUAAAAGCCAGACUGCUGCUGAAUAAACAGGCUGUUAACUAGAUGGUGGUAUUUGUGUAAAGGUGUUGAAGUCGUGUGUCCAGUAACCUGUGAUCAUGUGACUCUUGUGCUCUAAGAUGAAUAAAACUGGAUGUUAAAUGUU